AUGCAUUUCUCUUCUGCUGCACUCUUCGCCCUUUGCUCUAUCAGCGUGAGCCAUGCGGCGCCCUUCGCCAACCCCGAGAACGAAGACCUUGCUCGCCGCGCAGCCUACUCCGUGGUUAAUGCUGAUGGAGACUCCUCUUCCAGCUCAGUUGCACGUGAAGUCGAUACUGUCUUCGAAGUCUCCACAGUCACUGCUCCUGGUGCCGAGCCGGUUGCCAUCACUGUGACUGUGACUGCCACUCCUUCAAGCGCCUACUCCUCGACUCCUGUGGCUAGCUCUACUCCUUGCUCUGAAACUCCCGCUCCCGGUUCUGUUUCUUUCUUCCGCCGGGGCCUGAGAGCCGUUGGUCAGCCUGCUCUCUUUGCUCGCGAGUAUUCUAGCUCCUCUUCUGCCUAUCCCACUGCAGCUGCCUCUGAGUCUCUCUAUGCUCGUGGCUGGUACUCUGCUGCUUCUGGUACUCCUUCUGCUGCCACCCCUAUCGCUUCGUCUACUGCUCUUGUGGCUCGUAGCUUCGGUGAUUGGUCCUCUUCCGCUUCGGCCUCGACUCCUUCUUCCAGCCUGAGCGCUUCCCCUACUUCCGCUAACCUCGUCGCUCGUGGUUGGUACUCUUCUUCUGCCACUCCAUCUGCCUCGGCUACUUCCCUCGUGCCUCGUGGUUGGUACUCUUCUGCUGCCACUCCAUCUGCCUCGGCUACUUCCCUCGUGGCUCGUGGUUGGUACUCCUCUUCUGCCACCCCCUCUGCCUCGGCGACUCACCUUGUGGCUCGCGACUUGUACGCUUCUCCUUCCGGCACUCCCUCCAGUUCGAGCGUCACUACUUCAGCUGCUCCUCUAGCUGCCCGCGGCCCCUACGGCUGGUACUCUUCCGCCCCCGGUGCUUCCACUGUCGCCACAUCUUCUGCCUCUUCGGCUCUUGUGGCCCGUGGUGUCCGCAGCUGGGGCUCUUCCAGUGUCUCUUCGCCUGUCUCCAGCACAUUCGCUCCGUCGGCUACUCCUGUGGCCUACUAA